AUGGCAACUGUUCGAAAGAAAAAGGAAGGAUUCACUCCAAGACAAGUCAAGGCUGCGAUGGAAGCGAGAAGUGCAAUGCACAUACUCAAUGUUCCAAGCACCAAAAGUCUGAAGUAUGCAAUCCAAUCUGGUCUCAUCAAGAAGUGUCCUAUCACUGAAGAAGCUAUCAAUCAUGCCGAAGCAAUCUUUGGACCUGACGCCUCUACAUUGAAAGGCAAGUCAAUAAGACCAACUCUGAAGAAGACGUACGACGACUUCUUCAGUCCGCCAGAGGAAUUAUAUCAGCACAAUCGAUCUAUUACCGUCUGUAUUGAUCACAUGGAGAUCGAGAAUGCUAAGUUUCUCACCUGCAUUGAUACCACU